AUGACUCCGUCGCUCGCGGGGCAUACCCACGUCCUCGCUUCGAUAUGCGACCACCUCCCGCCGCAAGAGCUAUCGCAAAUGCUGAGGGUCAGUCGGGAGAUCUUCCCUAUUGCUGGGCGAUUGCUAUAUCGCCGUCUGGUAGUCAACAUCAAGCCGCUGGACGAAACCGUCCCGGGAGUUUUGGACACAUUCGCGUAUCCCGGUGGCGCCAAACCAGGCGGGGACGUUUCAAUAUCCCAGUCCAAGGCCGCCUUGCUGGACAUGGUCGAAUCACUCAACAUCAGCGAACCAGCUACCAUCGCUCUCGCAUACGGACACGAUGCAGCCGGUACCCGACCCUAUCCCCUCAAGCGUCUAAAACGGCUCAUUGUCCGCUAUCGACACUUUGACCCGUCCCCCUCCCCCGAACCAUCAUUCCCUGCAUGUCCUUCCCCUCUGAGCCUCUGCACUCGACACGUUCAUGGCGAUCACGCCCUCUACGCACUCGGCUGGGAACCGCUCGAGCUCGUCUUGGUCGGAAGUACGCCCGAGAUUGUUCAUUUUCUCGGACACCGGUGGACGGACCAGCCAAGGGACCGCGGUGAUCGCGAUCCAUGGCCUUCGGUGCGGCACUUUGUACAUAUCUGCCCUGGCAAUGACAAUCGGUACGACCGCGUUCUCCAAGGUCUUCCCAUGGUCUGGGGGCGGAUGGAUGCGUUCCCCGCGCUCGAGACGUACGACAUGUUCUACGAUUUCGACGCGCGCUCACGUCGCUCUGCCCGCGAUGGUGACGACGUCGGCGAUGCGUGCCUAGGUGGUAACAUCUCCAGCCAUGAUGUCUUUUCGUUGGCGUCGGCGGCCGGUUCCUCGGUCGCGUCCAAGCAGGAAUUCCGCCCCAUCACCUACUGGCUGCCGGUCUCGACCGGGACUAUCCUCCACGACCCAACCCUGGUCGGACGGCUCAUCUCGUGCGAGACGGGAGGGCGGCCGAGUAGCGAGGCGGCGGUCACGUAUCAAGUGGCGGGGCUGCAACAUACCAAGAUUUGUUCGCCGGAACAGGAGGAGGAAUGGAUUGCGAUGGCGGAUGGACGUGUGGAUUUGGGGGUGGAUCGGACCUAG